AGGUGUGCAAAGACAGAUGGAGACAUGAGACAUGUGUCUGUGUCUGUGCAAAGAGACUGAUGUACUUCAGAAAGAGUUGCUGGUGCAAGGUCUCAGGUUUAGGGGCAGGGCUUCAUUACAAGCGUGCCACUGUGAGAAGGAGAAGGAUAGAAUACUUCAUUAUUAACUGAACUGCGCCUGUUUCAUCAGUUACAGACAGGAGGAGGAGGCUAAAAACACAGGACUGAUGCCUGGUGUGUGAGAAGUCGUGUGUCCACUUGUUCUCAGGAGACUUUUUACCAUAUCUUUUUCUCCUUCAGUUCCGUGAAAUCCACGUUUUCGAAAGGAUUUAAAAACACAAUACAACAGUGUGUUUGCGCAGGUUCUCCUCUACAGUCCUGAGGAUUCAGAAGCAGGAUGAAGACUCUGCUGUUUUUAGUGGCUCAGCUGGUUCUCUCAUGGGCCACGACUGUCCCAACGACCCCAGACAACUUCUUCUACCACGACUUCCUCAAUGAAAACGGCAGCAAAGAAAUUCAUUUCAGUGGCGUGAAGCUCCACGUGGACACUGCUCAGCUGUCGGUGUUUGGAGUCAGAGGCGGUAAUGCCACACUCCCCUGCAGGUUUUGGUAUGAACCUGAGCUGAGCUCUCCAAGGGCGGCCAGAGUUAAAUGGUCCUGGGUGUCUGCCGCUGGAGGACAAGAGACAGAUGUGCUGGUGACUUUUGGCUCUCGUAGUCGAAGUUUUGGCAGAUUCAGGGGUCGUGUGCAGCUCAGGCAGGAAUUCACGGGCGAUGCUGCGCUUGUGAUGUCAGACCUCCAGCUGAAUGACACGGGCCUCUACAGGUGUGCGGUGGUGGACGGGCUGGAGGACAAGAGCGCUACAGUUCAUCUGGAAUUACGAGGUGUGGUGUUUCCCUACCAACACCCCCGUGGCCGUUACCAUCUGAGUUUCCUGGAAGCCCAGCGGACCUGUGAGGAGCAGGACUCCACACUGGCCACUUUCACGCAGCUCUUUCAAUCUUGGGAAGAGGGCCUUAACUGGUGCAACGCAGGCUGGCUGGCCGACGGGACGGUCCAGUACCCCAUCACCCGACCCAGGACGGAGUGCGGCGGGCACAACGUGGCCCCUGGAGUCCGGAGCUACGGCAGACGUCACCGGCACCGUCAGCGCUACGAUGUCUUCUGCUUCUCCUCAUCACUCCGAGGGAGAGUCUACUAUCAUCAGCCAUCACACAAGAUGAAUCUGACCGAGGCUCAGCGGGCGUGCCAGGGGGACGGAGCAGAGAUCGCUAAAGUCGGGCAGCUCUAUGCUGCCUGGAAGUUCACCGGGCUGGACCACUGUGACGGCGGCUGGCUGGCCGAUGGAAGCGUUCGGUAUCCCAUCUCCAGGCCACGCACUAACUGCGGCCCAUCUGAGCCAGGGGUUCGCAGCUUUGGCUUCCCGCCACCCGAGCACAAGCACGGAGUCUACUGCUACAAGUCAGAGGAUGAAUGAAUUUAGAUACUCAGUCCUCCUCUGAUGGAUUAGAAAUAUAAAUCUGAUCACACGUGUUCAUAAACACACAGUGAACCAUCACUGGAGCUGCAAAGAAUCUAUGGAGUCACAAGAAGGGGAAAGUAAAUGUAGAUGAAAGCAUUAAAUUGUACUUAUGUUUUCACUGUAAGGUGGUAAAUUUUCCAAAGAGAUCAAAAGAUAUGACCAAAGUGAGCAGAAAAAAUACUUUUACCUUUCUGUUGUUAUAAAUAGCACGAACAAAUGCAGUGAAAUAUAAUCAGAAAGAUGGUGAAUUUUCAUUUGUUUGUCUGUAACACUGAUGUAUUCUCCUCCUGAUGUCUAAAUACUGUUGUAUUUUAUCGACAGGAUGGUCUCUUUGAUUUUCCUUAUUUGCACAUUUACUUUACUGUGAUGCUGUCACAUCCUCUACGGUGUGAACUGCAGACACUUGUAAUGUUGUCUGUUGAUGAAGGCCACACAUCUGAACUACUAAGAGUUGGUUUACUUAUUUUGAAGCAUUUGAAGCAGGCUUGUUUUUAAUGUAAGCGAAGCUUUAAUGGUUAUGAAAGUAGUAUUAGUAUGAAUUAGGAACCAUUAGAUCCUCAUUUCUGUGGCUCCACUUAUAUCACAAGUCCACAAAUAAAGCGCUUACAUGCUGCAUGCCCUGAAAAAUAAAAACCCAAUGAAGGUUCAAGCUGAAAAAAUAUAACCUGUUUUAGGUCCAGUCAGUCUAGGAGCUCAGUUGCGUAUGAGAAGCUCAAUAGACGGUGGCCUGUGUGUCUGAGAUUCAAUUGCAGGUACAGAGCAGUGUGCAGAGUUUCUACACAGCUGGAGAAGUGUGUAACGGAUGAUUUUGCUGAAAACUGUCAAAUAUACCAAAGAUCUUGAACAAUAAACCAAUGUACAAGGUU